AAACUCUCACCAUGACUUUAGUGCAAAUUUUAUAUGCACAAUGAGAAAACCCUAAACAUUCAAAUACAAUAAUGUAAAACAUUUCUUAUGACGCAAGAAACAGAGCGUAUAUUGAGUUAGAACAGAAAGUAUAAUUCGUUCCAUAGAAUUUAAUUCUUUUAAAGUGAGAAAAUCGAAACCUAACAAAAAAAAAUUUUGAAUUUUUGCGCGCAAAUGAAUUUGUUGAGAAGGCCUAAUGCUAAUAUGGUUUUGUUGCUUCUUAGUCUUGUAUUCAUCAAAACUUGCAACAACCAUAACUUCUUGGCUCUGGCCUCGCCUUCCGGAGGCGUCAUGGGAGGGAGUUUCUUCGACGAUUCGGAUUCUUCAUCCUCGCAAUCAUCUUUGAAUGAUCAUUCACAUUAUCAACAUUAUGAUUCUUCUCAACCUUUUGUUGAUGAUAACACUCCAAGUAACAAUGAUGAUGGAGGGGUUCCAAGCGUGUUUCUAUUCUUCAUGUUUGGUUUGGUUUUGGUUGGAUUAUGUAAACACAGAAAUGGAAAUGCAAUUUCUGUGAUCAAGGUUCAGGUUGCAAUGUUAGGUGGGAAGAAGGGAAGCUCGAUACAAAGGGAUCUAAGUAGGAUUGCCCAAGCUGCAGAUACAUCUUCUCCAGAAGAGACAAUAUUAGCUUUGCAUCAGAAUCCUGGUUACUGUAUUUCAGGAUAUUCAUAUGUGGAUCUUAAGCUGAGUAGGGAAGAUGGAGAGAAAUGCUACACUCAAUUAUCACAUGAAGAGAGAGCCAAAUUUGACAAAGAGACAUUAGUCAACUUUAAUGGCAAAGAGAAGAUUAGUACAAGAAACCAGAGUGCUAAUGUGUUCAUCAAUGAUGAUGAGUACACAUUGUUGGAUGAGGAAAAGAAACCUGAAGAAGAGAAGAAACUACUUCUCAAUGGGUUUGGGAAUGAGUUUAUAGUGAUAACAAUUUUGGUAGCUGCUAAAGGAACACAUAAGCUUCCAAGUAUCAAUGGAGCUGAAGAUUUGAAGAAGACAUUACAAAAGCUUAGAUCCCUUCUAUCAAAACACUUACUAGCUGGGGAGGUGCUAUGGACUCCACAAAAAUAUGAUGACACACUUUCUGAAGAGGAACUAAUUGAAGAUUACCCAAAAUUAGCAAAGUCCAUGGGAAAUUUUCUGGCCAAGAAAAAGGAAUAAUAAUGAUACAAAAUGAGGAAUGCAUGCUUAAUUACUUAAUCAACUCUUACUCUCCCCAUUAAUUAAUUUUCCACAUGCAAGAGGGAUUUAAUUAAUAUUCUCAU